AUUGAUGAAUGAAAGUCAUAUGUUCCUUAAUAUAUCUCCAAGCUUGUGAGGUGUUAAUUAGUUCAUGCUUUUUUUUCUGCAAAUUUUUGAUAUGAUUUCAGCGACACGUGUAUCUUUUGGCGUGUGCACACUUCUAUUGUGUACUUCCAUUUUUCAGGGGAUUACUACGCACCGCGAAAUCGCGGUAUCGAAAGGAUGGUAUGCGCUUUGAAGCGCGUAACGGCCAGGCCUCCUACCUCCACGGCAUUUAUAUCGAAAAGGUCUCACUCCGUUCGAAGAUGCUGGCGCGAAAAAUUCCUGGUGGAUGUGUUGCGCCGCUGCCGCAUCAAAAGCGCCACGCGAGGACGCUCCGCGCCGUCUCGGCGGCGCCGUGUAGCCCGGCCGCUCGCCCUCGUCGGGCAAGUGGUGGCCGCGCGCUUUUCUGGGGGCGAAGGCCUCCGCAUGUUUGCGCUUGUGCCGCUGCCUGCCGCGGCGCGCGCUGGCAACGGCCCCGAACCCCUUGGGCAUAGCAUAGGCGGGACCAUGUGGCCGGGUUGCGGCUGGCGCCCACUUAUCCACCGCGGGCCGCCCCUGUUGUGCCGCCCAGCACGCUUCUGGUUGCAAAUUGAUAUUGCGCUGGGCUGCAGUGGCCGUUGCAAGAGCCGAACUGCCGCGCCAGCC